UAUAUCUACAUACAUAAAAAGUCAACGGCAAGAUAUUUAGAAAAGGUCACUUUGUCAUAUAUAUUCGUAUCACUUCAGUUUUACAUUUGACAAAGGAUGGUGAUGUUUCGUAUCUUGUGUUGUUUCAUCAGUUGCAGCAAGAUAAAGCCGUCGUCGUCUCGGCCACAAGUGGUCGAAAAAGGAAAGAAAAUUCCACCGUCGCCUUCACCGCAAGUGGCCAAAAUCGACAAGAAAAAGCCUCCCUCGUCUUCGGCACAAGGGGGGAAAACGUACAAGGAAAAGCCACGGCCGAAACGGCGAGUGGUCAAAGAGCAACGGAUUCAACUUCUUAUAUAAAAAAGGUCUUUUUUCUUUUCCUUUUGGUGUGUGAAUAAAGUUUUACACUCUACAACAAUAUCAAUAAUGAUUUUAAGGUGUGAUCUUGAUGUUUUCUUUUCUAAAUAAGGUGUGAUCUUAAAAAUCGAAUGUGUGUGUAUGUAUGUAUAUUCAUGGAGAAAACGAUUGCAUAAAUGUGAAAUUUCUGAUUUGCAUAAAGUUUUGUUUAUAUGA